AUGGUGUCGACGAAAUCCAUGAAGGCAGCGGAGAAGGCAGCUCAGGCAGCCGGGAGGAACACCGAGGCGGGCGAUGUUGAUCUCGACGGGGUGGUGACGGAGGACGUCACCGAGCUGGAGGCGGUGAAACUGGUGGUGCACGAGCACUCUGAUGCGCUGGCUCGGCUCGAAGAAGGCCUGGCAAGGGUGCAGGCUGACGCGAAGGCGGAUGCCGAUGAUCUGCGACAGAGGCUGGAAAACCUGAUGCGGGCGAUUGCCUCGCUGCAGGCAAAGGGGGAUGGAUCAGGGGGAGCGCCGAUUCUGGCUGAGUCGGCGAUCGAAGGAGGCGGCGCGACGGGGGCUGCGGAGACUGCGGCGACCGCGGCGGGCGGCUGUCAGCGGGACCACGGCAACGGUGGCGCAGGUGGGCGCGGCUCUCGCGAAGGCCAGCGGCGGGGCGAGCGCGGCAAGGGCGGCGGCGGCUCAGGCCGAAGGAAGCAGGGCGGAGGACACCAGGCCGGGCCGAGCUGA